GUUGGCACGGAAGCUAACACGUACGCGCAGCUAGAGCUCAGUGACCAAUAUGGCUUCACAACAAGGAACCGAUCACGUCCACAAAGUGUCGUGGUCAAUCCUAUCACGUCACCCGUGAGGGGGGUGCACGUUCUCCAGUACAACGGCAUGGGCACGUAUGUCCAGGUUCAUCUGGACGGCCAGCUGAUGGUGCCACACGACACCAUAAACAACAAUGCCCCGGAAUAUGUAAGCUUCUACGUUGGUAACUUAGUACGCGGUUACACGCUGAACACGAAGGCUCCGGUCGUCUUCCACGAGCUCCACUAUACAAUGGACGACCCCGGUGUUAUUGUCAAGGCAGCCGCGGUUAGGAAAUUGCCGGGUCACUUCGCGUACUUCUUCAUGAUGCAAGACGUGCUCCUUAAUGUGGGAGGGUUCGUGCUCUUCUACGGACAGUGGCAACCGGGAACAAACAUCAAGUUGGUGUACUCAUGGGUAACAGUCGCAACCUUCGCCGCACCAGAAGACGGAAAGGAGGCGAUCCUGGUGAAACGCUACCGCGGAAGCUUCACCGCCGCAGCGGUCAGCAACAGCACGGCACGGCCCGUCGUUGUGCCCCAAGCUGAGACCUCCCUAUGGAGGCUGGCAAUCUCAAAAUUCGAGAAGAUAUUUGAAUAUAGGGCGGUAACGGGUGAAAUGAUCUACGUCUGAACAACGCUUGUAUUUACCUUAACUGCGCUACGUGUCAGCGGUUCCCUCCUGCAGGACGAGACAGGAAGACAAGCUCCUGUUAAUUUGCUAAUUCCGAUCCGAAGUGCGGAGUUCAUCCUUCCUUUACGCUAAUUACAGUGGACACCUAUCAAGUCUUGCAAGUGCGCAUACAAGACGUGCGCGGGCUGAAUUCCUGCCCCAUCACAGAUAAGUUUAAUAAAACCACG